CCCUUUAACUGGUUUUGCAAGUUCAGGUAUAUGUUCCUGUUAAGUUUUUGUCGAAAUCUUCUAUUUCUUCUUCUGAUCUUUUUUUGCAUUUUCAAGUUCUCUUCAGAUUUCUCAUUUUCUUGGUUGAAUUUCAUGGCUAUUGAAGGAAAGAUAAAACUUUUAGGGCAUAAGUAUUCACAAGCUAUUGCUCUGUACACACAAAUGAUUAAGUUAAACAGUGAGAAUGUGGUGUACUGGGCUAAUCAUGUGUUUGCUCACAUCAAAUUGAAGGAAUAUUGCAGCGUAAUAGAGGACGGAGCUAAAGCUAAUGAAAUUGUCCCCAGAUAUUCAAAGGUUGAUACGGGUGCUGUGUGCUUAAUCCUGAUGGGUUGUGAUUGGGGUUUCAGGGUUAUUAUAGGCGAGAGGCUGCAUAUUUGGCAAUGGGAAGUUCAAAGACGCAUUCAAGAAUUUUCAACAGGUUGGUAUUGUUUUUUGAACAUCUUAAGUUGUAUCAGUUGCAUAUUGCUGGUGAUAAUCAAAUUGUUCUUAUUUUUUAUUUUAAAGCUUUACCACAGAAUAUAUCUUGAGAAGAACAUUGCUUAUGUAACUAGCUACCACAUUUAGAAGAGAAGAUAAUGCCAUACCAGUGACAUUGUUCGUGCAUUAUGUUAUUUGUGACCUUUAAGAUUCCUUGUCAACUCUAUGCUCCAGCAACUUUCAUAUGUACUAGAUAAGUUAUCUGGAAAUACUAAUAACAUUUUGAUAUCAAAUUUAAGUUCAAUGACAUUUAGUUGUAGCAGAUUAAGGUAGAAGAUGACCAAUCCCACCCUUGAACAUCUGAAGAAUUUUUUAGGCAGAAUUGG